AGACUCUAUGUUAUAGAGUUAGGUUAGGUAAUAUUAGUAAGAGAGUUAAUAAAGUUGUGAACUAUUUUUCCAAUAUUCGAUGAAAUGAAAUCCCAAACAGAAUACAAAUUGGCGUCUCCCCCAGAUGGUGCAAUUUCAGCAGUGAGAUUUGGCCCAAACACUAGUCAAUUUCUUUUGGUGAGCUCAUGGGAUAACUAUGUCAGACUUUACGAUGUAACAGCUAACAAUUUGAGGCACAAAUAUUCACAUGAUUCUCCAGUUUUGGAUUGUUGUUUUACUGAUGCCGUACACGCAUACAGUGGAGGAUUAGAUAACACAUUGAGAUCUUUUGAUUUCAAUACUACAACAGAAUGUCUCAUUGGAAAUCAUAAUAAUGCUAUCAAAUGUGUUGAGUACUGUUCUGAUGUGAAUGCUAUAUUGAGUGGAAGUUGGGACCAUCAUGUCAAGUUAUGGGAUCCAAGAGCUCCAAUGUGCAGUGGAAGUUAUAAUCAAGGGGAAAAAGUUUUCACUAUGAGUGUAUGCGGUGAAAAAUUGGUAGUUGGAACAGCUGGUCGGAAAAUUCUUGUUUGGGAUAUUCGUAACAUGUCAUACACUCUUCAGAAACGAGAAUCAAAUUUGAAAUACCAAACACGGUCCAUCAGAUGUUUUCCUAAUAAACAAGGAUUUGUUUUAAGUAGCAUUGAAGGUAGAGUUGCUGUUGAAUAUUUAGACACAAAUCCAGAAAUUCAAAAGAAGAAAUAUGCUUUUAAAUGUCAUAGGAUAAAAGAAGAUGGAACUGAAAAGAUAUAUCCAGUAAAUGCUAUCAGUUUCCAUCCUGUAUAUAAUACAUUUGCUACAGGAGGUUCGGAUGGUUAUGUUAAUAUAUGGGAUGGUUUUAAUAAGAAACGAUUAUGUCAGUUCCAUCAGUACCACACAUCUGUUACUUCUCUCAGUUUUAGUCAUAAUGGUGACGUCCUUGCUAUUGCUUGCUCAUAUUUUUUGGAGGAAGACAAUCCACCUAGGCCCUAUCCUGAAGAUAUUAUUCACAUAAGGUCUGUGAGUGAUCAAGAAGCAAGACCAAAAUUUACAAGUUCUGGUAGUUGAAAAUCCGUGUGCUUCAAUAAUUGUAUAUGAUAUUUUGUUUUACUAUAAUUUAUGAAAUAAAUGAAAUCUGUCAUCUGA